GAGAGAGAGAGAGUACUAGUCUGAGGUGAACUAGGAACUUGGAAAUCCAUCCAUAAUAUUUCCCGUGUUCGUGUCAUUGUUCUGACAAAGACCAAUCUUUCUCGUUCAAUAACUUUAGAAUUUAUCCAUUUCUCAAAACAAAUGUUUGCGAAGCUUCAGUUAGAUACUCAUACCGGUUGCUUCCCACUUCUGGGUUCGACCAAGAUUCUGCCCAAAACAGGUGGAGUCUCGGUUUCUCCUAUCGAAAAGCUCGAACCCAUUAACAAAGACCGAAGAAAACACAAACACAGACUUCUUCAAACAAAACCCAUCAUUCGUGAUAGAACAACAAAUGGCGGUCUUGUUCACGACCCCGCGUCGAAGAAACACAGUUUGGUUGAAAACCCAGAUGGAGAAAAGAGAGAAAAGUCUUGGGAUAGUGACGGAAUUGCGAAGAAUAGAGUUUCUGGCUCGGGAGUGAAGAGAGAAUUUGCGGUUAAGAAAGUGCACACCAAGUGUUCGACGAAAUGGGUGUCAUAUGGGGGGUGUAUUCCGGCGAUUUUUCAGGCGUUGGAGGAGGUUAAGGACUUGGACGAGGCUUUCAAGCCGUGGGAGGAUAAUCUUAACAACAAGGAAAGGAGCAUUAUUUUGAAAGAGCAGGCGAGUUGUGAGAGAGCUUUGGAGAUCUUUGAGUGGUUCAAGAGGAAAGGUUGUUAUGAACUGAAUGUCAUUCACUACAACAUUAUGCUCAGGACUCUCGGGAAAGCGAGGAAGUGGGGCCGUGUCGAGGGUCUUUGGGAAGAAAUGAGUGUCAAGGGAAUUGCGCCGAUUAAUUCGACUUAUGGAACUUUGAUCGAUGUUUAUAGCAAAGGCGGGCUUAAGAAGGAAGCGCUUGUUUGGUUAGCGAAAAUGAACGAGCAAGGAAUGGAACCCGAUGAGGUUACUAUGGGAAUUGUUGUUCAGAUGUAUAAGAAGGCAGGGGAGUUUCAGAAAGCCGAGGACUUUUUCAAGAAGUGGUCACUCGGUGAAGUUUUGAGAAAAGAAGGUGAUGCUAUGAAUGGUACCACUAAAGUGGAGGGUGCCUUGAAUUCCAAUGUUUGUUUAAGCUCGCACACGUAUAACAUGUUGAUCGACACGUAUGGGAAAGCUGGGCAACUCAAGGAAGCGUCUGAAGUGUUUGCACAGAUGCUUAGAGAAGGGAAAGCACCAACAACAGUUACUUUCAAUACUAUGAUUCACAUUUGUGGGAACAAUGGUCAACUUGAAGAAGUGAAUUCGCUUAUGCGGAAGAUGGAAGAGCUUCGGUGUCCGCCCGACACAAGAACAUAUAAUAUUCUAAUUUCCCUGCACGCUAAGCACGAUAAUAUAAACAUGGCAACAAACUACUUUAGAAAGAUGAAAGAGGCCUCCCUGGAGCCAGACCUUGUGAGUUACCGUACGCUCUUGUAUGCAUACUCAAUAAGACAGAUGGUUCACGAAGCAGAAGACCUUAUAGCGGAAACAGAUUGCAGAGGCCUUGAGAUCGAUGAGUACACCCAAUCAGCUCUUACGAGGAUGUAUAUAGAAGCUGGAAACCUUGAAAAAUCAUGGUUAUGGUUCAGAAGGUUUCACCUCGCAGGCAAUAUGACGUCCGAGUGCUAUUCUGCCAACAUCGAUGCAUACGGAGAGCGUGGGCAUAUCCGUGAAGCUGAGAAUGUUUUCCGUUGUUGCCAAGAAGGGAAUAAGUUAAGCGUGCUCGAGUUCAAUGUUAUGAUUAAAGCUUACGGGUUAGCAAAGUGCUAUCAUCAAGCGUGCGAGUUGUUUGAUAGUAUGGAGCGUCACGGUGUAUUUCCAGACAAAUGUAGCUAUAGUUCUCUCGUACAAAUUUUGGCUAGUGCUGACAUGCCACAUGAAGCGAAAUCUUAUUUGAGAAAGAUGCAAGAUUCGGGUUUGGUAAGGGAUUGCAUCCCAUAUUGCACCGUGAUAUCAAGCUUUGUAAAAUUGGGUCGAUUGGAAAUGGCGGAGGGACUUUAUAAAGAGAUGGUUGGAUUUGAUGUGCAGCCUGAUGUUAUAGUCUUUGGAAUAUUGAUAAAUGCUUUUGCUGAUGUUGGUUGUGUCAAAGAAGCUCUUGGCUAUGUUGAUGCAAUGAAAAAGGCUGGUUUACCCGGAAACACGGUGAUAUACAACUCCUUGAUCAAGCUCUACACAAAAGUUGGCUUCUUGAAAGAAGCACAAGAAACGUAUAAACUUCUCCAAUCAUCAGAAGAGGGUCCUGCCGUAUAUUCCUCGAAUUGUAUGAUUGAUCUUUACAGCGAGCGGUCUAUGGUUCAACCAGCGGAAGAAAUCUUUGAGAGCUUGAAAAGAAAGAGGGCUGCAAACGAGUUUACAUUUGCAAUGAUGUUGUGCAUGUACAAGAAACUUGGGAGGUUUGAGGAGGCCAUAGCAAUUGCAAGGCAAAUGAGAGAACAAGGGCUCUUGACUGAUUUGCUGAGUUACAAUAAUAUUCUUGGAUUGUAUGCCAUGUGUGGAAGAUUUAAGGAUGUGGUAGCAACUUUCAACGAAAUGAUAGAAGCUUCCGUUGAACCAGAUGAUUGUACACUCAAAUCUCUUGCUGUUGUUCUGGUGAAAUCCGGGGUUCCGAAGAAGGCUGUUGCCAAACUGGAAGUGGAAACGAAGAAGGAUGCUCGAAAUGGAUUGCGGAAAUGGGUGUCGGCCCUGUCUUCUGUUGUUGGGGUUGAUGAUUAUGAUGCUGUAUAGAUAUUCUCGCUGCGGAUUGCAUUACUAAUGUGUGCCAUGGAAUUCAAUCUGGUGAAACUUCAUUGUGGAGAAUUUUGAAUUUUUUUGAAAUGUUUUGUAUUCCAUAAUACAACUUGGAAGGCAUAGAAGGAAGAAGAAAAACUUUAACAUGAACUUGAAUUGAGAGCUAGAGAAGAACACAUAGAUGGCCUGUUGUAUGGUAGGAGAUAGACCUGUAUAGAGCAGACUUAUAGACAAUAUCCUCAUUACCAACCCAAGCACUUUUUAUUUUUAUUUUUAUUUUUCUGAUGAAAUAUUUGUAGUAUCCCAAGUACUUGUAGUGUAUGUCCUUGCUCCUGAAUCGUAUAUUUGCUUGUA